UUAUAUAGAGAGGAGAAACCUGCAGUCUCUCUAAUCAUCUAGAUCUCUGCCAGUCCACCACCAUGUACCUGCACCUCCUCAUCCUCCUCCAACUCCUUUCCUCUGCUGGAGCCUCUGAGAGUGGUAUUGUGGGUGGUAAGAUGGCCAAGCCCCACUCAAGGCCCUAUAUGGUCUCUCUGCAACACAGAGGACACCAUGUUUGUGGAGGAAUGCUCAUCCGGGAGACUUUAGGACCACAGCUCGUCCUAACCGAGUAUGUGACGGUCACUGGACUCCCAAAGGAGGAUGAACAUAUCCCAGCAUCCCCCAAAUGCUCCGUAGCUGGUUGGGGCAAGACCUAUUCGAACAACAACCAGGGUUCUGGCGUUUUAAUGGAAGUGGCAGUGACGGUGGAGGAUGACUCUGAAUGCAAGAGGAUAUGGCAGAAAUACUUUGACAAAAAACAAAUGAUGUGCACUCGUACUACCGGAGGGAAAAGGAUUUUGUCAGGUAACUAAAUUAAAUUUGGAUCAAAUGAUUAUAGUAAUAGUAGAAGCAACACGUUGUAGAGGACAGCCAGUACAGGUUUUAGUUGAUCAGAUAAGCAGUGUUUAUUUCUGUGUAACAUUACUGUACUGAAACACUAAAACAGACGUUGAAGUGUUCACUUAUUCUCCUUUCACAAUCUCACUUCUGUAUGUCUCUUCUCUAAUUCCUGUUGUUCUGUGUUCCAGGGAG